CUUUAGAAGACUUUACACAUUAAUCGGUAAAGUACACUCUUAGUACCCCCACGCCUCUGGGCCAGCCUAUUUUUAAUCAUUGGUGGACGACGGAGGGAAAAAUGGGGAUUUCCACCGAUCUGGCCACCUCAUCACCCGCUCAACAUUACUUCUCCCUGCAGCGCGCACGUACAGAGCGCACAAAGACCGACACGCGUGCGACGCGCGAGACCGCAACUUCAAGACAGAGGACUAGUUUGAUUGAAAUAACCACAAACAUGUUGGAUCACGCGAGCGGAAAGCAAUUAUUUGGGAUUUUACUCGCUUUAUUAUGUUUUUGCCAACAAAUACCUGGUACGUGUGCUAACAAAACUCUGCAGCUCGAACCACAAAGGAUUGUGGUGCUAUUUGAAAGCCCUGCAUCUGCAAACUGCAGCACGAAUGCUACACAUCAUGGCCUGGGAUGGGAAGCAUCUCAGGGGGCUGUGGACAGGAUGGAAAACGUCCAGCUCAUUACCUGGACUGUGGAUAGCCUUACACACUGGGACAUACAGCCAAUUUGCUACGUCAUCAUUACUGCUGAUGAGCAAAAAUUACUGUCACUUGAUAUUACUGUAUACAAGCCUCCAGACCGGGUGUCUAUCAGCACAGUGGAUCACACAGGGCCGAUGAUUGAAGGCAGACAGUACGAGCUCCAGUGUAAUGUUGAGAAUGUUGCUCCUGUUCAUCUCUUAACUGUAAACUGGUACAAAGGACCUGAUCUUGUGGAAAGUAAACGCUUUUCUGAUGGGAACAAAUUUCCUGUAAAUAUCAACAUGACACUUCAGAUCUCUCCGAACAGAGCUGAUAAUGGAGUUCUGUACAGAUGUGUGGCAGAAUUGAACCUGGGACCAGAAGGACCACAACCCCCUCCUUUAAUGGAAUCAGAAUCUUUAAACAUUACAGUACAUUUUGGACCUGAGAUUUCAAACUGUCCAAGUCGUGUGCUUCUGAAGGAGGGAGAAAGUCUAUUAGGCUACUGUAACGUCGCAGGAAACCCAUAUCCAAGUGUUCGCUGGGAGAGUAUGGGGCUUACCAUUGACCCUACCACUACAUUUUAUAGGACUUCAGGGGGAGAGUACAAUAUCACCAUCAACAGUAAUAUUGCUCUGACAGUGAUGGUGGAAGUAAUGUAUGGACCAGAAAUUUCAUGUGAACAUUAUUAUACAAUCAAAGAGGGUGAUGUUUUUUCACCCAACUGCACAAUUAAAGGUUUUCCAGAGACACAAAUAUUUUUGUAUAAAGAUGGAGAAGUAGUAAAUUUUUCACAACAAAUGUACAGGGAUGAUGCAGGGCAAUACAUCCUAAUAGCAAACAACAUCAACUCUAUCGUCAAUCACACACUGGAAAUCGAUGUCACCUAUCCACCCACUGAGAUUUUAGAGCUGGAGGAUGAGACAGUAUCUGUUGGUGACAAUCUGGUGCUUAAGUGCUCUUCUAAUGCCAUACCAAGGCCGAAAUAUGAAUGGAUCUAUCAUCAGACAUCUAAUGUGAAAAGAACAGACGAAGAUGGCAUAUCUCUGCUGCACAUAAACAGGGCUAGUGGGGACAACAUUGGCACAUACAUGUGUAUUGCCUCUAAUUAUCUGGACAAUAAAAACAAAACAGUCAGAGUUGAAGUUCAAGGUGCCAAGGCCACUUGUCCACUUUCUAUUAGUCCACAGCGUGUGGUGCUGGAGUAUGGCGAGUCUCAGAGAGUGACAUGUAGUUCAUCUACACAGAAUGCAAACUUGAGUUGGAGAUUUUUAAAUAACGUGUUGAAUCUGAACACGCUGGAUAUUAACUCUUCUUUUUUUUUCAAUAAUCCAAAUUUUAAUGGAAAAUUUUCAUGCCUCGGAAUUUUUAAAGGACUUGAUGCUUGUCAGACAGACAUAAACGUUACUAUUUACAAGCGUCCUGACAAAGUGUCUAUCAGCGCCUUGGAUCAUGCAAAUCAUAUGACUGAAGGCAACAACUAUACGCUCCUUUGUGAUUUUCAGAAUGUUGCUCCUGUUCAACUCAUUACUGUAAACUGGUACAAAGGACAACAUCUGUUAAAAACUGCAACCUUCAACGAGGUCCCAAAUCCAACCAACACAAGUACUACAAUUAAGAUCGUCCCAAACAGAAAUGACAAUAUUACGCAGUACAGCUGUGAAGUAGUAUUGAAACUUGAAAGUGGAGAAGUUAAAUUUCGAAUGAAAUCUGAAACUCUCAACUUAACUGUUCAUUACAAACCGACUAUAACCCCUACGCUGCCAUCACGGGUCCCGCUGUUUCGCGGCUAUCCAGUAAAGCUUCUUUGUGAGGCUAGAGGGUAUCCAGAGCCUACGAUUGAAUGGAUCUCCAACAAUGUAACUGUUGUCUCCACGCCAAAUGGAACCCUGUCUCUAGAUGAGAGAAAUGUGUCGAGAGAUGGGGUUUACACUUGUAUUGCAAAAAAUUCUCUGUCGAGUGACACCAGAGUGGUCAGUGUAGUCUUGACAGAUGCCAGUUGCAAGCUUGUCCUCAGGCCCCCUGAACUGAUGGUGGAGUAUGGAGCCUCAGCCUCAGUGGAUUGUUCUACUCCAAGCAUUCACACAGGCAUUCGCUGGGAGGCACCUCAGGGAAAAGUGGAAAUGGUGAAAGAUGUCCAACUCAUCACCUGGAAGGUGGACAGCCUUGUGCACUGGGACAUACAGCCUGUUUGUUUCCUCAACACAGUGGCAGGGCAGUGUCAUAUGAAGCUUCCAGUAACUGUUUACAAGCAUCCAGACCAGGUGUCGAUCAGUAUUGUGGGUGACACAGGGAGGAUGAUUGAAGGCAAACAGUAUGAACUCCAGUGUGACGUUUACAAUUUUGCUCCUGUUCACCUCCUAAAUGUGAACUGGUACAAAGGACAACAUAUGGUGGCAAAAACUAAUUUUUAUGACUCUACCAAGACUCCUGCAAAUCAAUCCACCAGACACCACAUGUUCCCCAGGAGGGCUGAUGAUGGAGUUUGCUACAGGUGUGAGGCGGAGCUGAAACCGAGCGGGAUGGGAACCGGAACUCAACUUUUUUCUAUACAGGCAUCACAAGAUCUAUGCCUUAAUGUACAUUACAGUCCACAGUUCACCAAUGUAAUAGAGAUCUUCAACGAGACAACUGAAACCAUCAAGUUGAACUGCACAGUAAUGGCAAAUCCUCCUCCGCAUUAUAUAUGGACCUCAACAAAUUUGUGGAAGGAAUUUGACAAAGGCCAGCCAGUACUCAUCUUAUCACCUCUGGAUUCAGGGAACUACACAUGUAUGGCAUGGAAUGAAAUGGGUAGCAGCAGUAAAUUGUUCAUCGUCCAAGUUAAACAUCGAGGUGGAGGAAGUCGCACCGUUUUCUGGGCGAUCGUCGGACCCUUUCUCGGACUGGCUGUGGUGAUGAUUGUAGGUUAUGUAUUGGUCAGAAAGAGGACUAUCAAGAAAUGAGUCUUCACAAUUUUUUUUUCCGGGAAAAAAUGUGAGCAUGUUUAUAUAAACCUCAACUGACCACUUCAGUGACCAUCAUUUGACUGGGUUGUGUUUAAUUCAACACCUGCAACACUGUUAGGGACGAAAAAUGAGAAAUGAGAAAUUUCAUCGAAGGAUUUUUGGUACAAUAAAAAAACAACAACCUCAAAAUAUAGGAAAAGCUUCAAGAAUAGACAAUAAUCAUUUAUAAAAACCCUUGGGUUCUAAGAUUGUAUGGGCAGGUAGAUCCAUAUCUUCAUGUUUAUACUGUGAAUGUGCCUCAGAUGGCUUUGUCAACUGACGCUCUUGGGCCAAGAGCCCUGUUUUUUUUUUCUUUUUAUUAUUCUUUCAUACUCAAUUUUAUUUAUCUUGUAUUAAAGUAAUUAUUUAUUAGAUGUGUAUUAUUAUAUGAUUUUUCAGACUUGUUUAUCCAAAGUUGCUGUAAGUGUUUAAGAAGUCAGUUUUGCCCAAAACUUUCCCUUAAUCUCAGUUUUGACCUUCUGUGUCAAACAUUAUUUCCUUUCACUUUCUGAAUCAUUGUAGUUGUUGUAAUUACUAUGCUCACUCUAGGAAGUAAUCGUUUGUAUAUUUUUUCCUGUUAGAUAAGCAUACUGGCCACAUUUUUUUCCCUUCAAAGGAGUCACUAUCUUUUAGGUCUGCACUGCUGUGCCUGUUUAUAGCACCCCAUUUAGUGAAACUUCCCUUGCAUUUUACAAACUGUACUUCUCUUAUUUUCUUUUUUUUUUCUGGUAAAGUAUUAAGACGGACAGUAACGUAAAAGUCUGUUAAACUAUGUAGCUUCUUUUUUAAAAUCCAAAUCUUGCCUAAACUUUAAUGCAGUUACGAAAGAGUGUACUUU